AUGAUUUUUCAUAAAUAUAAACGAUGUCUUCACUUGGUUUUUGCCAUAAAGCAUUUAAUUAGUGCAAGCAUAUCAAAGAAUGUCCAUCUAAUUGCCAUAUCUGCUGCUCUUAUAAUUGUUUUACUCUUGCUCUUCAAAAGUGAACGUUUAGUUUGGAAAUACUUUAGAAUCUCACUCCUAUUGGAAUUGUGUUUUUAUGAUGCCCCAUUCACACCAUCAAUUGUGGCGACUUUAUACAGCAAAAUUACCCAUAAGUGGAUAUUACUAGUAUUUUACAGCGUAAGAAUUAGCACAAUGAAUGCAUUUAAUUUCGAAAUUAUAGACUGGGUUUAUUUUGGCGUUCAAUUUGUUGCUUUAUUUAUUUAUUUGUGUGAAAAGGAAAGAAAACCAUUCUAGAGAAAUUCAUAAUUGAUAAAUCGAAAUCAAAAUUAUCUUAAUAUGGGAUUGAUGAUGGAAUCUGUAGAAUUAUACGACAUCCUGAACAGAAUCCCUUGUGGAGUCUGCUUACUUGAUAAUAACCUUUAAGUCGUUAGUUCCAAUAAUAAAGUUAGAAAAUAUAUUUCCUCAUAAAUUGAAAACAAUUUAUAAUAAGCAUUAUUUCUGAUGAUUUAAAGAGCGUAUUUGCAAUCCCAACAGAAUGGCAGCUUUCGGAAAAACGAGAGACACAAGUCCAUUUUUGAAUCCUUAGAUGAAUAGUCAGAUUUCCCAAUCAAACGCUUGCAAUCAUUCUGCCAACAAAGAAGAGCGACCUUGUAAUAAUAGAAGACAACCAACGUUAGUAACGUAUCUGAUAUAGCUCAAAUCAUACAUAAACACAAAAUUAAAAACCUGGAAGAAACAAAAAUAAAUGUAUUAAAAUAUAAAGAUACUAAUACUGGGAAAACCUUUGAAAUAAGAAUAUACGAUAUCGCAAAUGGUUGCAUGAUAGUGAUUGAAAACAUAACAGAUUUUGAAUACCAGUAAGAUAUGCAAGAGAGAUAUCGAUUUUAUUCGAAAUUGAUCAACUCCUUUUCCCAUGAAUUGAGAACUCCCUUAAAUUGUUCCUUAUAAUUAUUACAGAUAUUAGAUUAGAAUCUCAAAGGAGAACUAAAUGACUAAUAUUUGAAACCUGCAAUAAUAUCCAACAAAAAGUUAUUACAUCAAAUAAACGAUAUUUUGGAUUACGCAAAUUUUGAAGCCUAAACUUUUAAAUUAAGACCUCAAUUAUUCAAAUUGUCCACCAUCAUUAAAACAAUUGAGGACUACUUUAAAGCAGAAUGCGAAUAAAAAUAAAUCACCCUUACUAUAACAAGUUGUGAUGAUACAUACAUUAGUAGCGAUUAUGAUAGAAUAAUGCAAAUCAUAGUGAAUUUAAUGAAUAACUCAGUCAAAUAUACAAAAUAAAAAGGAGAAAUACAUUUCGUAGUGUAAAGGGCUGGGUCUAUAUAUUAAUUUGAAGUGUUCGAUACAGGUUGUGGAAUUCCAGUAGAGAAGUUGUAUUUGAUAACCAAGAUUUUAAAGAAUUGCGAGUUAGAUUGGAGUAGGAGGGGAGAUGAGGACUAUAUGUAAUAUGUUGGAUUAGGAUUGAAAGUGAGUAGUCAGAUUGCCAGGAAAUUAUGCGAUACUGGAGAUUUAAGUAUUUUCAGUUCAGUUAAUCAAUACACGAAAAGCAAAUUCUAUGUGAAGGACAUGAAGUAGUAUUUGGAUCAGACUGUCGAGCCUACAGAAGAUCACAUCCAAGAGCCUUACAAAAGUAUAGGAAGGAUCAAGUGUCAAUGUGUUAGUGUGUUGAUUUGUGAUGAUAUUCCAUUUAAUCAUCUGGCAUUAUCGACUGUACUAAAAUAUUUCAACGUGAAAGUUGAUAGUGCCUAUGAUGGUUAGAUGGCAAUAGAGAUGGCUAAAUAGAAAGUAACUCAGUGUAAAUGUGGGUACAAGUUGAUAUUCAUGGAUAUUGAUAUGCCAGAGAUGGAUGGAUGUUAGGCAACCAAAGAAAUAUUGUAGGUGUUUUCACAUCAUUAAAUCUAGUGUGUAGUGAUCAUGUGUAGUGCAUAUGACAGUAAAGAGAAUAUUGAUUACGCUAUGAAAUCGGGGAUGAAAGAAAUACUGCCUAAGCCUGUGGACACUAAUUUGUUGAAGAAAAUACUAUAAAAAUAUUAUUUCUGA